AUUAGAGAAACUUCAGUGACAGCCAUUUUUUAAACCUUCCAUUGCUUCUCUCAUCAUCAUCACUCGCUUCCUCAUGCUUUGAAGAACCGCCUGAGCGUUUCGACUUCGACUGUGUUGCUUUUCUGUGUACAAUCACGAGAUGAAUGUUCCGUUGAUUCUUCGUUUAUUCGAUCUCUGAAUCUGCGCUGCUUUCUGGAGGUGAUUUACUGGAGGUUGCAAGGAAACUGAGAUGCGGUGCUGCUUCUUUCGUGAACUCUACUGACGGCAGCGGUUCGGAUUUUCUUUUUCUGGAGGUUAAUGUUUUUAAGUUAGUAUGAUAUAUGAGAAUCACAGUGGUGCUAUAAGUUACAGCCCUGCUAAUUGUGAAGAUUUUUGGAGCCACAUAUUCUCGCAUCUACAAUACUUUUGAUCUUUUGAUACAGUCCAGAGUGAGCCUAGUUGAUAAUCCUCCUCUUUGUCGCUGCUGCAUUUAUUCUUUGUUGGAAGUUUGGAUCUGUUAAAAAUGAAAGAGAUUGACAAGAGAAAAACUCCUAUUAAGAACCAGAGUAAACGAGCUGUUAGAACAGAGCGGAAAGAACGCAGACCACAUCAAGAGAAUAUUAGCAAAACUGUGAAUGCUAAAGAAACCACACACAAGGCAUUGGCUACGAAGUCAAACAAUUUAGUAAGUGAGUCAAACGCCGGCACGAAACCAUUAGAGGCUCAUCAAAGCUCAGAUGCAGAUCAUGUUUCUGAUGCCAAUAAGUUUGAGGGGAUAAAUCAAGAUUCUAAAGCCAAUGUGAUUGCUGUUAGAGAGAAUGUGAAUGAUGUUGUAGAAGAUAAAUGUACUGCGUUGGAGAAAGAUCAGAAUCACAGGGAGGAAGAAGUUUCUGAUUCAGAGACGAAGGUGUAUUCGGUUUCAUCAAAAAGUGAUUCAAUAACAACAAAGGAGGAGAGAGUAGAAAGAGAGUCAAAUUUUCCUGAAGAUGUUCUAGAAGAUAACAGUUCAGAUUGCUCUCUUCACAACUCAAGUGAACAAUUAGACCGUGGUAUUAAUCAAUCACAGUCCAAGGAAUUAUCUUUUACUUCAAAGAAAACAACAAAUUCUGAUAGAGAUCUUCCCGGAAUUAAAAACAAAAAGUCUUCUAAAGGAAAUGCUAGGGGUGCAAAAAUUGUGCCUAAAUCUUCAUCAGAAUCUUCUGAAGGAACUGAUUACCAGAUUGUUGAUGUGGUAAAGGAUAUUGAGGUCUUGGAUGAGGCUAUAAAUGGUGUACAGAGCAUUAGAAAUGGUCCUGAUACCAAUGGUGACCACGAUGAUCAAAUUGCUUGUGAACAAAAAAUUGAAGAAAUGGAAAAAAGAAUUGAUAAACUUGAAGAGGAGUUGAGAGUUGUUGCUGCUCUUGAAAUGUCGCUUUAUUCUGUGGUACCAGAGCAUGGGAGCUCCGCACAUAAAGUGCAUACGCCUGCUCGACGCCUGUCUAGAAUUUACAUUUAUGCCUGCAAACACUGGUCUCAAGACAAGCGAGCCACAGUUGCAAAGAAUAUUGUAUCAGGGCUAAUUUUAAUUGCUAAAUCAUGUGGGAGUGAUGUUCCAAGGUUAACCUUCUGGCUAUCAAAUACUAUUGUGAUGAGGAAGAUAAUAUGUCAAACAUUUAGCAGCAUCCAUAGCUCAAAUCCAGUGAAAUGUUUUGUUGAUUCCAACAACAGUAGCCGGAGAAAUGGUGGGAAGCCAAUAGCUGUUCAAUGGAUGAAUAGUUAUGGCAGUAAACAAGUAAAUAAAUAUAUGCAGUGUGUAGAGGAUUGGCAAGAGACAGGAACUUUUAUGGCUGCAUUAGAAAAAGUUGAAUCCUGGAUCUUUUCUCGGAUUGUCGAGUCUGUUUGGUGGCAGUCUUUAACACCAAAUAUGCAACCUCGAGACGCAUCCAAAAACAAAAGCAGGGAGCGGAUAAUGGGACCUCCCCUGGGUGAUCAGAAGCAAGGGAACUUUUCAGUUAACCUGUGGAGAAGUACUUUCCAGGAUGCUUUUCAACGCCUCUGUCCUGUUCGAGCAAGCGGUCAUGAGUGUGGUUGUCUUCCUGUUCUUUCAAGAAUGGUUAUGGAACAGUGUGUUUCCAGGCUAGACGUGGCCAUGUUUAAUGCUAUUCUCCGUGAGUCUGCCCAUGAGAUUCCUACGGAUCCUGUCUCGGAUCCUAUUGUUGAUGCCAAGGUUCUUCCCAUACCGGCUGGAGACCUGAGCUUUGGAUCCGGUGCACAACUAAAAAAUUCUGUUGGAAAUUGGUCGAGAUGGCUAACUGACAUGGUCGGUAUCGAUGCUGAUGACUCUUCAGUAGAUCAACAUGGCAGUGACGACGACAUUAGACCGGAUAUAGAUGGAAGGCCCCAAUCAUUUCCUCUACUUAAUUCAUUGAGUGAUCUCUUGAUGCUUCCAAAAGACAUGCUUUCAGAUCGUUCAAUCAGAGAAGAGGUAUGCCCAUCGAUUAGUCUUCCGCUGAUUACACGGAUACUCUGUAAUUUCACUCCAGACGAGUUCUGCCCCGAUCCCGUUCCCGGAACUGUCUUGGAGUUACUUAAUGCUGAGAAUAUAGUCGAACGAAGAUUGUCGGGUUACUCGGGGAGGAUAUUCCCGUACAUAGCUGCUCCGGUUGUCUAUAUUUCUCCUUCGACAUCUGAUGUGGCAGAAAAAGUUGCAGAGGCUGGAGGAGGAAAAUCUCACUUGGAAAGGAACAUCUCUGCAAUUCAGAGGAAAGGAUAUACGAGCGACGGAGAACUAGAGGAGCUGGAUUCUCCUCUCUCGUUCAUUGUCGAUAAAUCGACCUCAUCUCCAACGUACAAUGGUCAUGGAAAUGACCAACAUGAAGAGGAUACGAUGUUUAUAUCCAGCAACAUGAGGUACAAACUCCUUCAAGAAGUAUGGUCUUAAUGAUGAAUUCCCAACAAAUGAGUGAUGUAUGUAUUUUAUUUACAACACAUAUAGAUUGUUACUUUGAAUUUGAAUAAGAAAAAUACAAAAUACAAAAUGCAAAUAGAAAAUAGAAUUUCAGGUCAUGUGAGCCAAAUUUUCUUGUAAAUUGAAUUCAAGUAUUUGCUCUUAUAUAGAAAUCUUGAACAAACUUACAUUCCCAUAACAACCAUGUAAGUUAAUAUUUCGUAUAGAAGAAUCUUAUUUCCAAGAUCAA